GUUAAAGCAGUUAGAGGCUCCUAUUAACUCACUUAUCCACCCUUGCUUUCAGUUUCAGUUUGAAGAUUCUCUGAACCCUUGUGCACUGUGGUAGCAGCAGGUAGGUAAUGGCCUUAUCAAGCUCAUAUAUACAAAGAUUCCUCUUGGGCAAGCUCCAUAGCCGCUUCUCCUCCAACCACAGAAACCCCUUUGCUGCUGUUACAUGCACAAGCAGGUGCUACUCUGCCAUUGCCAUUGAUGCACCUUCAUCUUUAGCUGAGGCUCCUGGUGUAAGAUGGGGAUCCAUAGCUUUGCAGGGUUUAAGGGAAGAGAUGGAGGAUGAUAUCAUUGUUCGCCCUGAUGGCCUUCAUGGAUUCUCUUUUGCUGCUGUUUUUGAUGGCCAUGGAGGCUUCUCUUCUGUUGAGUUCCUCAGUGUAAACCAUAGGGAUGAGCUCUACAAUGAGUGUCUUGAAGCCUUACAAGGUGGGUUAGUAUUGGUUGAGAAAGAUUUCAAAGCCACUAAAGAAGCAUUAGAGCAAGCAUUUGCCAAAGCUGAUGCCAAGUUGUUAAAAUGGCUUGAAAUGAAGGGAGAGGAGGACGAAUCGGGCGCAACAGCAACUGCAGUGUUCAUAGGGGACGAUACGCUGCUCGUUUCACACAUUGGCGACUCAUCUGUGGUCCUAUCUAGAGCUGGAAAAGCAGAAAUGGUUACUAGUCCUCACAGACCAUAUGGGAGCAACAAGGCUUCUCUUCAAGAAAUCAAAAGAAUCAGAGAAGCAGGUGGAUGGAUUGUGAAUGGUAGAAUUUGUGGAGACAUUGCUGUAUCUCGUGCAUUCGGGGACUUAAGAUACAAAACAAAGAAGAAUGAGAUGCUACAAAAAGGAGUUCAAGAAGGACGAUGGUCAGAAAAGUUUAUUUCUCGGGUACGGCUCAACAAUGAUUUAGUUGUUGCAUACCCUGAUAUUUAUCAAGUAGAUCUUGGCUCAGAUGCUGAGUUUAUAGUAUUAGCAUCAGAUGGCUUAUGGGAUUAUAUGAGCAGCUCAGAUGCAGUUUCCUUUGUGAGGGAACAGUUGCAAAAGCAUGGAAACAUUCAGGUAGCCUGUGAAGCACUUGCACAAGCAGCUAUGGACCGUAGAACACAGGAUAAUGUGAGCAUUAUAAUUGCUGAUUUAGGGAAGACAGAUUGGGAGAAUGUGGCAGUGCAGCAACAAAAUAUGGUAUUGGAGCUGCUUCAAGCCCUUGCUACCAUUGGUAUUGUGUCCAUUGGAAUUUGGUUUUCGUCUCAGCUUUCAUUAUAGAUUCACAAAAGAUAAAAAAAUAAAAUACCAGUCAUCAUCAUGUAUAUACACAGAGAUAGAAUCUACUUGUUUUAGGACAUUAAGGAUUUGUCUUCUCUUUUAUCUUAAGGGGUUAAAUCAAUGUUUUAUUCCUAAAAUUAAGAAUUUUAUUUCAAAGCAUGGAUUGCCCUCAA